UGGUCCUGCAGUCAGGUCAUUGACCUCUGCUCCCGGGAUGCCUGUGCUGAUCCAGUUUCCGUGGUCUUCAUGGUGAUCGACACCAUUUACCAACUGAUUGUCGACUACAGAGACGAAAAGAUACCAACUACUCCCCCUGAAAAUAGCGACCUAGGACAGAGUUCGGGUACUAAGGAGAGUUUACCUUCUUCGCAUACUGGAGCAGAGAAUAUCCAAGAAAAGUUGCAAUUGUCCGGCAAGGAUGACGAAGAAGAAAUGGUUGUCGAGUUGGGAACCAGCAAUGGCAGCUGCACGGAUUCACCAAAGAAUGUUGAGCAGAAGACGGAUUUAGUGGUUGAGUUUUCACCGAGGUUUGAAGACAUCUCUGUCAUCAGCGUUUCACCCAAACGUGACAUUGAUGAUUCAAGGCCUCCAUCAGAUGGUGACUUAGAUCUUGCUCCCAAGAAAGUCCGGCAUCCAAGAUUUGCAAAGCCAGUUCAGGCCUGGCAAGAACCCAUGAUAAACACAGAGGCAAAAGAUGGUGUUUUGAAACCAGGAACUAGCACCUUCUUUGAGGACAAUAAUUCUAAUAAUGAAAAUGAAGAUGCGGUUACAACCUUUUCCCAACCAUCAACCAAAGUUCCAGGCUUUUCUCAUCCUGCCUUCCCAGCACCGGAACCUCUCAUGUCUUCAGCAGUCCUUGGUGUUACAGAGGAGGAAGCAAGAAAGCCGAAAACUGGGGGAAAAGAGACCGGCACUCGGACUAUUAACAGUGUUCUAAAGGAGCAAGCAGAUCAUAGCAAAUUGAUUUCUUCUGACGGAGCACACAAAAUUGACAGAGGUGACUCAACAUCAGCAUUAAGAUUCGAAGAAAAGGAAGAUCUCAAAUCACCCUGGGAUUCUGAGAGUACCUCCGAGAUUCAACUACGGAGCCAUGUUGGUCAUUUAUCUGGAGCUGCAGGUCUAAGAGAAAAAAAUACAUUAAAUGGACAAAUAGAAAAUUCUACUGAAAAGUAUCCUCACCUGAAGCCUGCAGUUGGAGUGAAAGAUUCUGUUCCUAAAAAAACAGGAGCAAUGAAGAAUUUUCAAAGAUUCAAAUCAGAUCAUUCAGACUGGGAUUCUAGUUUGAGCCUCAAUAAUGAGGCUGGUCAAAGAGCUGAGCAUUUGAAAGUUAAUAAAUGUCCGUUGGUAUCACAAUCAGUGACCACAAACCAGUCAGCACCCACAGAACUGAGGCAGACGGCCCUACUAGAUAAAGACCGGAUGAAUAUUGAAGCCGUGUCUCUGUCAGAAAAUGCAGCGCUCCGUGGCCUGUGUGAAUCACAGCUGCCAGAGAACAGAAGCAGCCAAGAAGCAGACCUAGACUUAGAAAGGACUUCUGAGGAAGAGCAAGAAAGACGUGAUGGAAGGGAAAAUAGCCACUCACAGGAUAAGUGUGUUUUACAGGCAUGUACUGUGAAAGAAAAGAAAUCUGAAGACCAAAUCAAGCAGAUUAAUCUUUCACUUGUGCAUCUGCAAAAAAUGCCUAGAGAACCAGAAAUGAAUAUGGAACAUGACAGAAAGGACGUACCUGUAUCUUCAAAACAUUCUUGUGUGGAGAAGCAUGAGGACAUGUGGGUCAAACAAGGCAAAUUGGACUGGAAAAAUACUUCCGAAUUUAUCACAAAGAAGGCAAAUCAGAAAAUCAGUAAAAUCCUUGAAAAAUGCAAAAUUAUUUUUCAUCGUAAGGGAGGGUCACUACGUGACAACUCUGAACUACAUGGUGAUUUAAAGGAACUACCUUCCAAUGUGACAGAUAAUAUAUUUGAUAGUGAGGAAAAAGAUGCACCUGGAGCCUCUGUCUCUGUAGGAUCCCAGGCAUUCUCUGAACACAAAGAGCCCAGUCUUGAAAAAGUUUCUCCAUCUUAUUCCAAGUCUGAGUCAACAGAGUAUGGUUGCCAGCCAUCUUCAAAACUUUAUUUAAAUGAAAAGAAGUUAGAUGAAAAUGAUAAGCCAGACACUGAACGCAUUAACAAAAAUGAGAGUUUUUAUAAUGAUAGAGAAAAUGAAGUAAGGAACCGAGUUCCAUUUAAAGUGAAAGAAGACCAAGAAUUUGAUACAAAAAGAAAACAAAAAAGGAACCAAAAUACUCACUGGAAAUCAGACAUUGGCCGUGCACCUCAGGUUGAAGUAGAAGAGAACAGGAACAAAAGUAGUGAACUGAAAGGAUCAGAAACCAUGUGUGAUGGCAGUUAUUACAAAGGAUUAACUCAGCAGAGGAAAAGGGGAAAAACUGAUGACCAGCAGUUUCCUGCUCUGCAGAAAGGAAAUUCUGAUAGUAGCUGUCCUGGCUUGUGUAUGACGGAAGUAAAGAAUAAAAGUGGAAAACGGACAUUAAAAGCAUCUGUGACUUCACGUGUAUUUGCGAAGACUGCCUCACUGGCUGGUGGUCUCCUACACGUGAAUGACAACAGCAGUUUAAGUGAAGGAGAUCAAGAUUGUGGCAGGUCUUCAAAGAAAACAUCUACUAAAAAGGACCAGGUCAAAGAGCAGAUGAAUUCUCUGGAUGGCCUCGAUGACUUACCUCGGUCACCGGGGACAGCUUCCGAGGAUUGCGAGUCGCUUUCCCCUAAUUAUAAGAACACCCUGAGGCUAAUCGAGCGACUUGGCCCAGAGAGUAAAGAUCCUGAUAGGUUAUUGAAAAUUCAGGAUCCAGUUGAUUCUUUCCGAUCAAUAGAACUUAAAGAAUCUGACUGCACAGAACUUAGAGGAAAACUUAAAGAAAUGGAAAAGAAGGUGAACUGGCUACACACAGAGCUGCUGAAAACAAGAGAAGCAAAAUCACAGUUAAAACUUCAAAAUGUGGAGUGGGAACGAGAGCUCCGCCACAUGAGAUUCACAUUAGAACAGGAAACAAAGAAGAAGAAAAAUGCUUAUACAUUAUAUGAAAAACCUGAGGAUGAUUUAAAAAGAAAAGAGAAACAAGACAGUGAGCAAGUUUUCCUGAAGCAACAGAUUGAAAGCACUGCCCGAGCACUAGAAUGCAAACCGAAGGGCGUAAGGAAUAAACCAAAUCAGGUUUUAGAAGAGCGAAAUGACGCUGAGAGACAACGUUCUCGAGUGCAGAAUGCCAGAGUAAUACAAGAUGACAUCCUGGCCCAUCAUCUUUCCCAACAAAAGGAGGCAGAAAAGGCUAAUAAGGAAAUGAAUGCUGAGGACACGAUGGAUUUUAAGCUGUCUGACCCAAAAGAUAGCAGCGAGGUGCUUCCUCAGCAACUUCCUGAAGCUGAACGUCAAUUCCGUGGCCCAGAAAUUGAGCUCCAUCCCAGGAAAGAUGCUCUUAGACCAACGACAUUGUUAUUAGAAUGCGUGCAUAGAGACCGAGGCCAAGCCCAGCGUUCAAACAAGGAAACUGAACCCUUGUCUCAGAGCAAACAAGGGGAAUUCAGCAAAUACACUGGAAAGCAGGCGUUCUUGAAGGAGACAAUAUGUAAACUACAAAGUGAAAACACGUUGCUUCGACAGCAACUGGAAGUUGCUCAAAAUGAAGGCAGAAGCGAAAAGACAAUACUUAAUACCCCACAGCUCUUUCUGGAUCACAUGGGAAAACUUGAAGCCAUGAGCAGACGAGUUCUGAUGCUGGAGGAAGGAAACAAGGAGUUAAUCGAUGAAUGCAGAUGUUUAAAGCACAGACUGUGUCAGUAUGAAACGGACAGAGCAGAAAUGGAAGCCCAUAUGAGACAGCUUCAACAAGAACUGACUGACACCCGAAAGAAAGUGUCCAUGUUGGAAGCGUCCCUGGAGGUGACAGCACAUCAUAAGACUAAUUCAGAAAACAAGAGACGGGAUGGAGAGAGGAAGUCACAUCAAACUGCGAAUCCAAAUGCUGAUCUUCCAGCAAAAGAGGAGUCUACAUCUUCAGUAGUUCUCCAUCUGAGUGCAGAAACUCAGCUUCUGCUAAAGGAGUUGUUACCUGUGAAAGAGAUGCAAAGGAAAUGUGAAGCACUAGAGGAGGAGAAGAAGAAGUUGGAGGAAAAAGCAGUAAAUCUGAGACGUCACCUCGAAAUGAACCCAGUGGAACGCAGCCAAGUGGAGCAUUACAAACGGGAGCCUGGAGAGCAAGCAAGACGGGAUGCAGUAGAAGCACUGAAAGAACUCAGGCGGGCUGUGCAGCACGGACAGGAAACUGAAGAACAAGCAAGACAUGAUGUAGUAGAGAAACUAAAAGAAAUCAGCCAGUUUUUACAGGCACAAGCAGGAUUUCAAGAAAACGUGUUGAAAGAGUAUAAGCGUGCUUCAGUUAGUCAAACGGAACCCAGAGUUAAAGAUCUGGAGCCUGAACUUAAAAGUGAUUGUAAUGAAAAGAAAUUGGAAAAAUACAAACAACUAUACCUGCAAGAGCUAGAAAAUAGAAAGUCUUUGGCAAGUGAACUUACCUCGGUUAAUGAGAGGCUGGCCGAGGUGAGCACUAAGCUUCUGCUGGAGAGACAGCACAAGAGCUCUUUCCCUGGCUUUGUUCCUGCAAGGCCUGUUGGCGCACCUCCUUCUGCUUCUGGUACUAGCGUGGAGGCCAAAAGGAGUCCUACUCGAAGAAGGCGCUUCAGGACUUUUUCCGACCCUUCAACUAACUUGAGCGUUCCCUUGUUCCGGAUGCGGAAGUAGUUGGAGAAUAAUACAGAUAAAGAAUUAAAAGAAGCUACUACUGAACUUGGAUCUAAGUCCUAGAGACUCUCUCACAGCCUUGAUGGACGAAUCAAGUCUAAGGCCAGAUCUGGUUUCCAAAGCACGUGAAGAAUAUGUGGAGAUUUUGAAGAAUAAUCAUAUGAUGUGCAAGAUAAAUAGUAAACAUUUACCUGCUGGGCUGUUUGCUUAACAUUUUAUUUACUUUCCAUUAUGUAAGAUACUGACCCUGUUUAUUAAGGGAAAAUACUCUUGCAUUCUAUGGGCAUGAUUAAAAUUGAUGUAGUAUUUUAAA